AUGCGUUUAUUCGUUGGUUACAAAUCAUCAAAUCAAAGCUUUAAACAAUUAGAAGUAGAAACCGAAAGAGGUGAUGCCGGUUAUCUUCAGAUGGAUUGCGCCCGUGAAUCUUUCGCAUUUGCAACAUAUAAACCAAAAUCAGAAAGGAAAGUUAAAAAGUUUGUUCAUUCGUUAUAUAAUAAUGUUCAAAAAUAUGAUAACUCAGUAUGUGGUAAAUAUAUUGACCCUUCAGAAGUUUUCAAGAAAGCAAAUGAAGAAGUUGAUGUCACUUUUGAUAUGAUUAUUCCGGUAAAUGAUUUGUUAGCAUUUCAGGCGUUCGAUGAUUAUCCUAAAUCAUUUGGUGAUAUCAUUCUUAAAUAUUAUGUUUUCAGGGAUACUUUAGUAUUUUGUCAGGUUGACCCGUUAAGAGUUGCUGAUUUACAAAAUUACGUUUAUGAAAAGAUAACUGAUGAAAAUUAUGAAAAGAUUAUGAAUCAUGUUUAUAAAUAUGAUCGCAAAUUCCAACAAAUCGGACUUCCUACCAAAUUAAUUACAAGCUUAGCCGCUACAUCUGCUGAGGCAACAGUUGAUGACGUUAUUAUUUCAUGCACAAAGAUGGAAGUUUUAGAGGAUAAAUGCAUUACACCAGGAAGAAUGUUACUUAAAUUCAAUCACUGCAGCAAUUGGUAA